CAUCAAUGCAUCGGUGUCAGUGAAUUUCAGAGCUGUUCUUAUCUUUUAUGUGAUUUUUAGAUUUUUAAGUUAAACAAUUUUAAACGAUCUUAAAUUUUUGGUUUUUAUCAAAAUUAAUCAUCCACAAUGUCCGCGCGUGAAGGUGGUUCGAAGAAGUUGGGUCGCCCGGCGAUAAACAUCGCCAUCAACAACCCGAGCGCAAAUCUGACGACGGCGCUAGGCGGCACUACCCCGGCGACGACCCCCGCCGGAACGAGCAGCAGCCUCCAGAAUGGGCUGGAAGGCGGGGCCAGCGGGGACUAUGUGCCGAUAUUUUUUGACGAGAUAUCCCAGAUCAUGCGAGGAUAUGGGGAUUGUGAGAAGCCGCUGCGUGAAUCGGUCAUUUUGGUGGAGAAAAUUGUGCUUCAUCAACUGCGGGGGAUCAUGCAGGAAGCGAUUGAUCAUGCCAUGUCCCGGCAGAAUUCGCCGGUGCUGUCGCGGAGGGACUUUGAGUAUAUUAUGAGGAAGAAUCCGGUGCGGGUGGCAAGGUUGCAGAAGUACUUCCGGGACAUGGCCUUCGUGAAGAAGAAGAUGAAGGAUUUGUACGGCGAUCGGUUUUCGGGUCUGGGGGAUUUGGGCUCGACGCUGGACGAGUCGGACGAGGACUCCGAUCGGGAUGUGGCGGAGAAGUUUGAUGAGGAGAAGGUGCGCCGGUUGUUCCGGGCGGAUCGGAUCUCCCAGAUUUUGGCUGGAAAGCAGUACGAGGAGUUCAACUUGGCUAGGAGGACGUCGUUUAUGCAUCGGAAUACGAACACGAUGAAGAACCGGAUGAGGACGUGGUUGAAUUUCCCGGAGGAUGUGAUAAUCUCGCAGAGCUGUCUGUUGACCUUGUCGUAUUUGGCCCACGAGACGAUUGCGGUUCUGGUGGAUUUCUGCAUUCUGACCAGGUUGAACUCAUCCAAUCGGACAGUGGAACCGUACAGUCGGGUGACGUCGUCAGGUACAUCCCACGCCAUGCUGCACCUGUGCCCCGAGGUGACCCACGGCCGCGGAGUCGACGGUGUGAAACCCAUCACGCCCCAGGAGAUUCACGAAGCGAUGCGGCGCCACCGACAGAUGGCAACGCAAAGCAUGGGACACUUUCGGAACAAUGCUCUCAACUGCAAAACGCCCUAUUUGGCGAUGUAGGUGUUAGGUGGUUUAGGAGGUAGGUUUGACCAUAAAGUUCAUUUCAUUAAGAGCAAAAAAAUAACAUUUUCACAAACUACAGAA